CUCCCUGCGCAGCGCGAACAUGGCGGCGGCGGCGGCGGCGAGGGACUGAGGGACCGAGGGACUGAGCAGCGCCAGCGCUCGGCGGCCGCGCAGGUUUUGCUAUGCCGCAGUGUUUGUACUGACUCUGCUGUCUUGGAGGAGUGAUGGGGAACUAGAGCCCAUGACAGUUCAGUGGAGCCCUGGGCACUUUUGAUAUCUCGACACCUUCAGUUCUCUAAGAGCAAGCCAGUUCCGGGGCAGGACAGCAGCAGGUGGUAGAAUGCGGAAACCAGGCCCUCAGAAAGCCAUAGACUGGAAAGAUGGUAAGAAGCACAAGUACAGCCGCCCGUCAGAGUCUCCCUCCCAGUACCAAGGUCACUUCACCUGGGAGAAAUACCUGAAAGAGACAUGUGCCAUCCCAGCUCCUGCCCAUUGCUUCAAGCAGUCAUACACUCCUCCUGCCAACGAGUUCAAGAUCAGUAUGAAGCUGGAAGCCCAGGACCCCCGGAACACCACGUCCACGUGCAUCGCCACCGUGGUGGGGCUGACGGGCGCGCGGCUGCGCCUGCGCCUCGACGGCAGCGACAACAAGAACGACUUCUGGCGCCUGGUGGACUCUGCCGAGAUCCAGCCCAUUGGCAACUGUGAGAAGAACGGAGGGAUGCUGCAGCCUCCCCUGGGCUUCCGGCUGAAUGCCUCCUCCUGGCCCAUGUUCCUUCUGAAGACUCUGAAUGGAGCAGAGAUGGCUCCUGUCCGGAUUUUUCACAAGGAACCACCAUCUCCAUCCCAAAACUUCUUCAAGACAGGUAUGAAGCUGGAGGCAGUGGACAGGAAGAACCCUCACUUCAUCUGCCCGGCCACCAUUGGGGAGGUGAGAGGUUCUGAGGUCCUCAUAACAUUUGAUGGCUGGAGAGGUGCCUUCGAUUACUGGUGCCGAUAUGAUUCCCGGGACAUCUUUCCCGUAGGCUGGUGCUCGCUGACUGGAGAUAAUCUGCAGCCCCCUGGUACAAAAGUUGUGAUUCCAAAGAGCCCUUUACCUGCCUCCGAAGUAAACUCGGAGAAACCUAGCAUGCACAGUAGCACAAAGACUGUUUUGGGGCAUCAACAAGGGCAAAGGCGUCGCAAAACAGGGAAGAAGCGUGGUCGAACGACCAAAGCGCUAAUCCACCACCCCAUGCCUACACCCUCCAAGUCAGUGGAGCCUUUGAAAUUCCCCAGAAAGAGAGGCCCCAAGCCUGGCAGUAAGAGGAAACCUAGGACAUUGCUGAACCCAGCACCCACCUCUCCAACAACCAGUACCCCAGAGCCAGACACAAGCACUGUGCCCCAGGACGCUGCUACAAUCCCCAGCUCUGCCAUGCAGGCUCCCACAGUUUGCAUUUACUUGAACAAGAACGGCAGCACUGGGCCCCACCUAGACAAGAAGAAAGUUCAGCAGCUGCCAGACCAUUUUGGACCAGCUCGAGCUUCUGUUGUCCUGCAGCAAGCAGUACAGGCCUGCAUUGAUUGUGCUUAUCAUCAGAAAACAGUCUUCUCCUUCUUAAAACAAGGCCACGGGGGAGAGGUCAUCUCAGCUGUGUUUGAUCGGGAACAGCACACUCUGAACCUGCCAGCAGUAAACAGUAUCACCUACGUCCUCCGCUUCCUGGAGAAGCUGUGCCACAAUCUGCGCAGUGACAACCUCUUUGGGAACCAGCCUUUCUCUCAGAACAGCCACAUGCAGCGCUCACACGAGUACGACCACGACAGGUAUCUACCAGACAGAAGCAGUUCGUUAGACGGCUCUCUGCAGGGACCAGGCCGGGGUACAAAGCGCUAUUCCCAAGAUUCCCCUCCAUACACUGCUCCUCUCUCCCCCAAGUUACCAAAGAAUGACCGUCACCCUUUGGAAGGUGAAACCUUUGUCCUGGGAGAUGGCCUCCCAGGGCCCUUGGAGCCUCGCGUGGACCCUAUGGACUCUGCCUUGAACUCUGUCAAUUCCUCCAGCCACAGCAGGAGCUCCAGAGACUGUCGCCUGCCAGGAUACAGGCACCUGCACCAGCCCUCGAGCCUCAGCCAGGGCACCUCUGCCCCGCGCAGGCCUAGCUCUGGGGGCUCCGACAGGUACCUGGGCCCCCGGGACGUGUCCCGGCUGAGCGGCCGCGACCCCUCGUCCUGGUCGGUGGAGGAGGUGAUGCAGUUCAUCCGCGAGUCCGACCCGCAGCUGGGCCCCCACGCCGACCUCUUCCGAAAGCACGAGAUCGACGGGAAGGCCCUGCUCCUGCUGCGGAGCGACAUGAUGAUGAAGUACAUGGGGCUGAAGCUGGGGCCAGCCCUGAAGCUCACUUACCACAUCGACAAGCUAAAGCAAGGCAAGUUCUGAGAGGACAUUGGCAGGACAGAUCCUGGAAGCUCCGCUCCUGGCCACCCCCACCCGCGCUCACCUGCCGACAGGUUCGCAUGCACACACCCCAUUUACACCGCAGACAGACAGACGGACACCUCGCUGACAGCCCGGCCCCCCCAGGGGACAGACGGACACCUCGCUGACAGCCCGGCCCCCCCAGGGGACAGACGGACACCUCGCUGACAGCCCGGCCCCCCCAGGGGACAGACGGACACCUCGCCGAUAGCCCGGCCCUCCCCGGGUCCCGCUGCCCCGGCCCCAGCGGGAGGAGCCCGGCACAGUUGGGCUUCACGCCAGACUCGAGCCGUGGGCGCCCUGUUGGAAGCAGAGGGUCUCUCCCAGCACUCCUUCGUGGGCUCCUGGUCCUGCUUCCCCGGGAUGGAGCAGCAGCUCUGGGCAGUCUGUGGGGACUGGGCACUGGCACCACCUCCUCCCUCUCGCCUGCUCGGGGCAGGCACUGGGGGGGCUGCAGCGGGGCCGUGCCCCGACUGUGCCCUGCGGCACCACGGUGAGCUCGGAGCAUCCACCACCCCGGCCCUGCCUUCCACACCGGGGGGAGCCCGGGGGCCACUCACCCCCCUCAGCUCUGCCUGCCCCUGGCUUCAGACCCGGCUCCAGCUGGGCACGCCAGGCUAGGGAUGGAAGCUUUCAUAUUUAUUCCAGACUGGAAAGGCCACACGGCACUGGCUGGGAGCGUGGCAUGAGCUGGGAGAGCCAAGGAGCAGGGCUGGGUGCCCCUGGCACGUGUUGGAGGCUGCCUGGAUGCUGCAGGACUCGGCUGAUACUUCUCACCAUUUAUUUUUUUUUAAUUUUCUCUUUUGGAAUUUUUUUUUUUACUAAGGAGUUGUGUGUUUAAAACGAUGAGAUGAUUUUUCUACCUAUGUUGAACUUGCAACUCUUGGUGAUUUUUAGCCAGAGCUGCCAAGGUUUGUCUUCCCAGGGGCACUCCCGCUCCUCUAGAGUUUUGGUCCGUCCCAGCUCAGCGUGUGAGAGGGUGUUGGGUCUGCCCAGAGGAUCCCGGGGUGGUGACCCGUCCCGAUGUUGCUCUUCCUGUGAGGGCUUUGUCCUGCCCGGGGCCCCUGUUGGUCUCAGGCAGUUUAAUGUAUUUAUUUUUGAUGGCACUUGAGCGGUUCCCGCGGUCCCAGACACGUUCCUGCAGCUGCACGAGGAGUGUGGAGGCCACUGGCUGUGCCAGCGCCGUCCCCGGGGCAGCAGUGCCAGCUCGGGGCUGCCUGUGGGGCAGGGGCUGCCCAGACCCCUGAGCGGGCCGAGCCGAGGCAGGGCUGGUGGGGCAGGCGGGGGCUGACCCCGCUGUGUCCCCACACACCCCCAGCACGGGCCCGCCCGUGCCACGCUCCCCUGCAGUGACCAAAGGGCUGGGACGGGAUCUCCACUCCGAGCACUUCCUCCUCCUGCCCUCAGCUCACCCUCUGCAUCCGGAGCCACGGCUCAGCGCCCCCCGCCAGCCUCGAGGGCCCUGGCCAGCGGCAGGACGGGCCCCCGCGGUGACCAACCCUCCAGGCUCUUGCACUGGGUCAGGUUUACCCCUAAGGGGCAAAGUUGCAAAAAAA